UACAAAUAUUUCUAUAUAUUCAAAACGUUUGAUCUGCAUCCCAUAUUCGGUAGAACAAUAAGAGUUUACUGAACAAAACAAAAAGACUACCCCUGACCGUUUGAUUGGCUUACACCUGAACCGGUAUGAUGUUGAAUAUGAUGGUCAUGUUUCUUUGAAUCAUUCGAUUUGAAAAAAAUAUCAAUGAUUUGUUAUCAUUUCGAUAACAAUUAAAAGAUUUAAUUUUUAGUAGUAAAUUGAUAAUAUUAUUAUUAUUGAUCAUUAUCAAUCUGUUUCCUCUCUGCUUCCUUCUCUCUCUCUCUCUCUCUCUCUCGCAAAUUUCAAACUUACAAAUAAAAGUUUUAAUCGAUACUUAAUUGUUUUCUUAUUAGCGACCCAUAAACGAUUCAUUCGUGUAAGGGCUUCGUAUUAAUACUGAUCCAUAUAAAAGUUGUAUCAUGCAUACGUUAGUUCGAAUUUCGUAUAUAGACAAACAAUCGCGUAAACAUAAACGAUAACACAGAGUUGGUGUUAUUAUAGAAAUUGAAAUAUUUCUAAUUUGUAAAAAUACGUUGGUAUCACUUCAGUAAAUUCAUCGUUACAAAUGAUAUUAGUUUGAUAAUAAUACACGAAGGUUUUUCUUCUGUAUAUUAUUAUCAGUCAACGUUUCGGUUUCAUUAGUUGCAACAAGCUGAAUUACUUUAAAGUGUGCAGUUAAAUAACCGAAAUAUCGACAAUUCGAAAUAAAAGUCAAUAGACCGCAUUAAUUAUUAAAAUAUCAAAGUGCGUUGGUUUUGUCGACCAUAAAAUAUGUAUUCAUGUUUUCCGAAAAUUGAUCCACGUCCUUUUACUACUGCACAAAACAAAGGUUUUGGACAUUGUUUAACCAAUUAUACAUAUAUAAUUCUUACACCUAUAGAUGGUGAAACCAUUGUAACUCCUUCGUUUUAUUUAAAUGGCCAUGAAAAAACUGCUCAUAUAGAAAUAAAAUGGGAAACAAAGAAAGUUAAAGUUCGAUUGGUGAUCGGAAAUGAAUUAGUGUAUGUCAAACCGGCUAUAGUGAAAAUAAUCAUUAGUCAAGAUGAUAAAAGUCAUAUAGCAAAAUUUAAAUUUAAUAAGGAAGAUAUGGAUAAGGAAUCGUGGAUAGAAUUUGUACGACCAAAUUUCGAUAAACCAUUGUUCAUACAUUUUGCAUUUUAUUUGAUAUACCAUAAAUUAAAUAGAAAACUUAAUAAAACGAUACCACUUAAAGUGGAACUCAGCGAACGUUUGAAAAGAUUAUAUAAAGAUAAGAUAUAUGCGGAUUUUCUAAUAAAAGUUGGCUCAAUAGAAUUUUUAACUCAUAAAUCGGUACUCUCUGCUAGAAGUCCUGUAUUUGCAGAUUUGUUAAAUAAAAAUACGGAACAACAAGACGAGAUGAAGGAUGUUCUUGUUAUUAACGAAAUCGAACCGAAAAUAUUCGAAAUUUUCUUGAAAUAUCUUUACCAAUUCGAGAUCGACACUAUUGAAAAUUCUAACAUAAAUUUAAUUGUAAGUUUACUCCAAUUAGCAAUAACUUAUAAGGUCGAUGAUUUUAAAUUGGAAUUGUGCAAACUGGCAACGAAUUCAUUUACUCCUGAAAAUAUUCACGAAUGGAUUCAGCAUUCUUCGAAUUUAAAGUUAGAAUAUAUCAGGACAGUGGCUGUAUCUUGUCUUAACAAUUGCGUCCUUGCUCAGAUACCUCCUUUUUGAGAUUUUAAUAAUGAUAAAAUAUUACAAAAUAUAAUAAUCGAAUGUUAAACGAUAAUUAAAUGUAUUGUACGAAACUUUAGCGCGAUAAUUAAUACUCUGUAAUACAAUUUUUCAUUCUUUUAUUUAUUUAUUUAUUUAUUUAUUUAUUCUUUUGAUAUUAUUUUAA